AUGCAGGUACAGAGACUGACUCAAUACGAAACGUAUUUCCAAAGUUUAUUGGACGAGACCAGACCGGAACAUGGAAGAGGCGCCGAGUACCACGAUCUGUGCAUGGCGAACAGCGCCGCCAAACAAACAGUAAAACGUGUUCACGAGCAAAGCGAUUUGGAGCGAAUUCAAGAUGUUUUCCCAAACGAUUUCCUCAGAUUAUACGACAAAGAAGCCCUCACAAUGAAGAUGAAAGGAUUAAUUCGGAAGAGAGGCUCAACUGGUACAGCUGCUCUAAGGAGAGCUCUAUCUUCGAAAUCGCUGCGAUCGGAGUCGCCUCCUUCGACUCCCAACAAAAUCCAAAACGAUAGCCCGAGGAAGUUCAUAAUGGAAACUCCCGUCCAAUUCGUUAAUGGUGUGCACUGUCAGGAACGUCAUUUAUUUUUAUUCAACGACCUCUUGCUGGUGGCCAAAGCGAAAUCCGGAAGUAACUUUAAACUAAAGGACAAGGUCAGGAUAUCGGAGAUUUGGCUCAACGAAUCGCCGGCGGUGAUAGACGAAGUUGCCGAAAUUCCCAAGUCUUCGGACACGUCUUUCGUCAUCGGAUGGCCGACCACAAACUAUGUGGCAGUGUUCAGCACUCAAGCCACCAGGGACUUGUGGUGGUCGAAAUUGGCAGAAGAAUCGCAAGAAGAAAUUCGCAAGGACCCCCCGACUACCAACGUCCAAGUGUUUUACCAAGAUCUCAACACUGGCAUAGAAUACUGCAAGACGUUUGCCAUCGGACCAGACGAGAGCGCCAAAGACUGCGUAAAAAUUGCAUUGGAUCACUUGGAGAUGAGAGAUGCGGACCCGAGCCAGUAUCAGCUGUGGGCCAAGACACCACGCGAAGAGCCGCCGUAUCCACUGUUUGGUCACGAGAAACCGUAUUCCGUCAAGUUGAGUUGCCUACGGGAUGGACUUAGCGCCGAGGAAGGGUUUGACUUGGAUCACUGCAACAACGUGCACGACCCGUUGGCCAGGUGUCACUUCAUUUUGAGGAGUGUAAAAGCUCAAGAAAACGAGACGAAUAAAAAGACGCCAAAAAAGUCUUCUAGUCGUAUGAAAAUUGGCCAGGUGUUUAAGAAAACUCCUACCAAAGAGAAUGGAGGCAAUUUGUUCGGUGUACCACUGAAUAGAAUUUGCGACGGAGAAAACCUUCCUAAGCCAGUGAUGGGCAUGUUACACCAAAUUUUCUCCAAAGGACCGUUUACCCAGGGUAUAUUUAGAAAGUCUGCAAACGCCCGUUUAGUCCGCGAACUCCGCGAGAAAAUGGAUAUUUGUGAGGACGUUUGUCUGGAGAACGUUCCUGUGCUGGUCACCGCGGCCUUGUUCAAAGACAUGCUGCGCUCGUUGCCCGACCCUUUACUGUGCACCAGCCUGUUUCCGAAAUGGCGAUCAGCUCUGGACUGUUCCAACCUACCCACAAAACUUUUUAGAAUCAAAACGAUUAUCGAUCAGUUGCCCAAACCCAACUAUCAUCUGCUGUGCCACUUCCUGUGCGUACUCUACCACAUAUCUCGGCGAUCCACGCACAACCUCAUGUCGGCCGCCAACCUGGGCGUGUGUGUUGGACCGUCGCUGCUGUGGUCCGAUUCGCCGGCCAUGUGUCCGACCGAAGACUUGCGCACCGUGCCCGCACUGGUCGAAAUACUCAUCACCCACUGCGAGCUUCUGUGUGGGCCACACGUGCCGAACCUUUUGGGCGACCCACGGGAUUCUGGCACCGAAGAAUCCGACUCCAUGAGGCGGGACGACAGUUCUAUAGACAGCCUGGAAGUGAGCCCACCCCCCAGGAAGGAUCAGAUAUCAUUAAGCCGGGACUCUGGACUGACGAUGUCUGACUCACAGCUGUACACGCCUGACGAGGAGGAGAGUGGGUCAACCAGCUCCAGCGGAUAUGACCCGGCAUUUGACCAGGCGCACUCGGCGAAAACCGUCGUGUCUGCCACUGCCGUACCGUCGAUGCCGGGCGAGUACGUGCGCGUAUACCCGGGUUGGGAGGAGCGGAAAAACGCCAACUUCCAGCGGCAGGCUUGGUUCCGGCAGCGAUCCAAGCGUUUAACAGCCGCGGCCAGCAAGGAGGCGGUCCGUCGGAGCGCUUCCGAAGAGUCCGUAUUGGAUGGUAGCGUGCCACCACCCACACCACCCCGUCGCAGCAAGCCCGUUCAAAUGUCCGGCAACAACAACAACAACCGGAUAUCCCUGGCCCCGCAACAGGACCAAUACCGGAAAAUGACCGCUGCCGACUACUACGAUGUAGUGGUCAAGUCGGAAGUGGUUGUCGAGUCGUUGCAUCCGAAUAAUUACAACACGGAACUGACCAUCAAACCCGUACUGCAGCCUGUGACGUACCGCAAGGAUGAGUCGCAGACGGCCGCGCCAGUGGUUAGGAGGUCGGCCGAGGUGGUAGACCGUAGGCGAUAUAUUCAGCAACAGCAGCACCAUCAACAGCAACACCAACAACAGCAACAGCACCACCAGCAACAGUUGACAGCGGCGACUACUGGCACUGCCAACACCAUCACAACCGCCGCCGCCACCACCACCACCGCCACCACCAUCACCACAAAUCCCUCCUCCACUACAACGGUGGAAAACUGUUGCGACGGUGAAAACGAAGAGGACUCGAGCACGCUGUCCGACGAAGACUGUACGCCACACGUGUCCCGGAGCAACAGCCGCGGAAAUGAGGUGGCCACCGACUCGCUUAAGCUCAGGCAGCAUCAGCCGCUCCAGCCGCCGGUCGCUCAUGCGGACGGCACUGUCCGGCUCCGUGGCCGGUUGAAGCGCAAGGAGGAGAAGGCCGCCGUGGCCGCGGCCAGGUCCCGGUCCUUGCCACCGCCUCCGCCUUAUCGGCCACCGCCACCGGCCAACCGCCGUGCGCCUAUCACCUCGUAUUACCUGGGCGAGUGCAGUCAGGCACAGCAGCAACGAUUCGUCGUCACCAGGACGUACGCAGACGAGGAGUCUUACGUCUGA